CUACAGCCUUAGCCAACGCCCCGCACACUCACUCACUCACUCACUCUCUCAACGCUUCCCUGUCGCACUCGCUCCUGCUCUGCUACAGUCCGACACACACUUGGGAAGUUCAUGAAGACGCUCUAAAUCAAUAACUGCGUUUUUGUGAGAGUUUGCUGAUACGGGCACUAGGCUUCAUAAGAAGGCGUUAUUUCAUAGGAACACAUCUACAGAAUGGCAGAAACCGAGGGAAGUCCGUUCGGAGGCUGUUUGGAGAAAAUGAAGAGCUACGUGCGAACUCGGAAAGGAACGAUCCUGACCGCUGAAAUACUCCUCAGUUUCAUCAUCCUUAUCUGUUACGCCGCGUCAAUGUAUGGCGGGUAUUCAGCGGUCGCCAUCUGUGAGAUGGUCUUUGCCAUCAUCUUCUUCAUUGUCUUCAUGAUGGAGCUGGACAAACAGUUCCUGGUGGUGAAUUGGCUCUGGAGCGAUCUCAUCCGCGCUGCAAUCGGUGCAGCACUUUAUCUCAUUACCUCUCUGAUCUGUGUGAUCGGCGGAUCCGGGGACGGGGCUCGCAUCGCUGGCGGGGUGUUCGGUCUGGUGGCUGGGAUCUUGUUUACUUAUGAUUCCUACACAAUCUUCUUGGACAUCAAGAGCGGCAGACAGCAUACAGCUGCUUCCACAGGUCGCUGAAGGCCCUCUGUGGGACGUUUACGACUGACAUUUGGCAUUUGAGUCAAACAGUUACUCUGACAGAGACGCCAGUGGCAACACUGGUAUCUCCGCGAAAGCUAUGCCGUUUUACACGUCCGCUCCUAAUGUUGUGUAACCAUAACAACUUAACCUGACUAACUAUUCCCCAGUUAUUUAUUUUGCGUCUUCCUUUUUGUUUUCUCUCUGUUUUUUAACAGAUGACACCGUUUGAAACUACUUUCCUCACUACAACAUUAACAGCAACCAAAAUAAGGAGAACAAGUCUAAAAAUGGCAAAAGGAGUGAAUUCCUGAGAGUUAUCGCAAAGUUACCAUGAGAGAUGAAGACCAGAGGAAUGCAAAAGGGACAAAGCUUUACACAACACAAGAGGAUUAUGUAUAAAAGGGAUUAAAAAGAGAACUGUAAGAUUAAAGAAACCACUGUAUAUGAAGGCACAGAAAGCUGUUGGCAUCCAAGGAUCCAUUACCGUCGUCUUGGUCAGGUGGCUUUUGUUACCACAGUUUUUUUGUUGGCUUGGUCGGUUACAAAAGCAUGAUCACAACAUUUAAUAAGAGAUAAAACUGCGUCAGAUAAAACUGACGAUUUGUACACAAGUUACGAAAGAGAUUCAAAGUCAGUCCGUCUUCCCAUUCUCUACUAGAGAAAGACACAGUUUGACCAAGGGAUUUUAAACAGUCGUUAUUAUUAAGUUGUGUUGGAAACUUGAUUUAAUUCAGUCUCCUGCUGUUUUUUAUGAUGAAACAUGAAGGUUGCAUAAAUUUGUUAUGGUGUAAAAUUUCACUGUAAUUCAUAACUGUAGCUUAAAUUCUAAUAACUAUUGAUUGUUCUUCUGGUUUGUGCUUUAAAAAAGUUAGUCGUGUAAGGUUAAUCAAACAGGAUUUGAGUCGGAUAUAUCCAACUCAGGCGCGGUCAAGAAAAAGUCACACGUUUUAAACUGAAAAGGAGUGAAUAUCAACCCUGAUAUCUUCCAUGGUGGCACAGAUUUGUACUGUAAAAAGUUCUGAUGUCCAUGUGUUGGUACAAUAUGUUCAUUUUCAUUCAUCUUUUCUUACUUACUGCCAUUAAACCUGUUACCUCAAGAGUUGCUCAUUAUCUUGAUGCCAUAAGUAUUUUUUUUGUUAUUAUUCUAAUAAUAAACUGAUCACAAAUAUUAAUGUCUUCAUUUACAGUCUCUAUAGUUCAACCCUGCUGAGGAAGAAAUACUAAAACAGUUCUCACAGUUUGUCAACAUUCGCUCAUUCAAGAUUUCCAAGAAAAAAUAAUGAAUAAAUAUCUGUUCACUCAACUGUACCUUAAGACUUUUUUUUUUUUUUAAGUGCCUUAAAAGAGAUUAUUCAGAAGUAUUUGGACCUCCAGUUAUUCAAACGUGCUGUCAGAAGCUUCUCAUAAAUCUGCAGUUUUAGUAAGACUCUUAGUAAUUUUUAUAAUUUUUUUGGAAACCAUUUAUGACAUGUUUAAAUUGCUGUAACCAUUUAUGAAUUAUAUAUUCCAAAGUGCAAAGACUGCCUGAUUUUUCCUCUCAUGUCUGUAUUGUUUUUGCAAUCUCAGUUCUACCCCAAUAACUUCCUGAAAGCAUUUAUUUGUGAGAUGGUUGUGUAAAAAAUGAUAACCUCAGGAUGUUCUGAUCUUUUUAAACGGACACUUUUAAAGAAACACUUUAUUGGAUGUUUUUGGUUUUACAAGUACAGCUCGUGGAAAUAAGUCUGCAGGAUUUAUGUGUCUUUCUAACAGAUGUGGCUGGUAUUUCGAUAACAUUUAAUAAAAGGUUGUUAGAACGUGUUGAACUGCUA